AUGGCUGGGAAUGCGAACUCACCGGUCCCGAUUGAGGUACGCGAGUCCGACUUCAACAAGGCCAUCGCUUCGGUCAUCUGGCUUCGACAUCAUCGACAACCAACCUCUCGAGUCUUUAACUGCCUUGUCUCGAACUGUCCUCUCUGUCCAACCUCGAGUACAACUGAAAGACCCUCUUCAGCGAAACUUGGGAGCGUACCACGGCCGCAAUGGAGACUGACAUCUGAAGCUGAUCAACCCAAGGUCGUCAACUGGCUGAUACCGUCAUCGACAUCCUCGUCGAGCUCCAAAUCCAAUCGAAAGAGGCCAUCACCGUGGACGUCAUCCCCGCCGAAGAAGCGUCUCGCCCGAUCACCUCCGUCUUCUCUCGACCACCGCCCCGUCACUCCAGAAAGUCUCCGCUUCUGCUGUCCAUUCUGCCCGAUGUCGUUUGUCAAGAAGGUUGAUUUUGCCACCCAUCGUCGGUUUCAUCUGGGAACUAAUGUCUACUAUUGUCAAUAUUGCCAGAAGCCCUUCGUUAGUCCAUCUCGAUUGGUUAAACAUCGUCGCGUUCACACCCUAGGACAGCCGUUACGAUGUCCGUUCAAAGGAUGUCCUUCAGAGUUCACACAACAAGGAAGCCUAGACAGACACAUCAGUCAGCAGCACCGCAAUUAA